UCGGAAGAUGAGAUGUUACAUUUGUAGCGCUCUAAAGAAUUAGAAUAGAACUUUAGGCAGAGUUACAUUUGAGCGCAGUUACAUUGUAACAACUCUCGACGCCGACUGUUCGCGUCUCCCGGGAAAUAGGAGGCGUUUUGCGCCGUGAAUUAGCGGGACCUGAGACGCGGAGGGGGGAAAUUGUGUCCCCCCAACUUUUCUGUUUUUCCUCUCGGGCUGAAGCGCGUUUCUCUCCCGCUGGAUGCCGCGCGCUUGACGCGAGAACCGGAUCAUAAACCUGUUUGAGCUGAGAGAGAACGAGGGAGACGUCGAGCGAGAGAAGCAGAUCAAGAGCACACAGGACCAGGAUGGCGACGGUGGGGAACGACAUGGAGCUGAACGACCUGUUGGAUUUCAGUGUUAUGUUUCCUCAUCCGAUGUCGAACGGGAAGAACCGAGGCCCUACUUUACCCAACAGUCAGUUUGGUUUAGAUGAAAGAAGUGGCUCCGGCUCUUGGGCUUCAGGAGAAGCGAACGGUCCCGCAUUUGGUGCACGGGUACGAAAACACACACAUACAUCACGCUGUCUAAAGCGCACGCAGACUCUGACGAAAUUCAUAAAUGAGUGAAGUCUGUCUGUUCAUGCUUUGCUGUUCCCA